UAGGAGAUGCCCAUAGGAACCUUGAUAAACAAGCUGUCACCAACUAACAACAGCAGGCACAAGGCCAGGUCCCAUCUCUGGAUCGGUGAUUUGCAUGUGCAUAUGGCCCCGCCCCCAGGAACCCGCUAUUUUGCAUAUCACCAGGGCAAUGUGGUGGCGCUGGGCUCCUGAGUGGGCGCGGUGGCGCGGCCAGACCCGAGAAGGAUGCCGGGCAAGUCCCAACCUGCUGCCAGCGCCUGCACAUCCGCCCAGCAGAAUCGCUCGGGCUGCGAACAUGGCUGCGUCCGCGAGCGGUCUGGGAGGCGGUGCGGGCCAGGGGCCUGAGGCCGGGGACUUCCUGGCCAGGUACCGCCAGGUGUCCAACAAGCUGAAGAAGCGCUUCCUGCGGAAACCGAACGUGGCGGAGGCCGGUGAACAGUUCGGACAGCUCGGCCGCGAGCUGCGCGUUCAGGAAUGCCUGCCAUACGCGGCCUGGUGCCAGCUGGCGGUGGCGCGCUGCCAGCAGGCGCUCUUCCACGGGCCCGGGGAGGCGCUGGCGCUCACCGAGGCCGCGCGCCUCUUCCUGCGGCAGGAGCGCGACGCGCGCCAGCGCCUCGUCUGCCCCGCCGCUUACGGGGAGCCGCUGCAGGCCGCCGCUAGCGCUCUGGGCGCCGCGGUGCGUCUGCACCUCCAGCUGGGCCAGCCGGCGGCCGCCGCCGCCCUCUGCCUGGAGCUGGCCGCCGCCCUGCGCGACCUGGGUCAGCCGGCCGCCGCCGCCGGCCACUUCCAGCGCGCCGCCCAGCUGCAGCUGCCUCAGCUGCCCUUGGCCGCGCUGCAGGCGCUCGGCGACGCCGCCUCCUGCCAGCUGCUGGCACGCGACUACACCGCCGCCCUGGCCGUCUUCACGCGCAUGCAGCGCCUGGCGCGGGAGCACGGCAGCCACCCGGUGCAGCCGCCGCCCCCGCCACAGCCGCCGGGGCCCCAGCACGGGCCGGGCGCNAAUUUCUAUCACUAG